UUUUGGCCCUCCCGGCGUCUGUGCAUUACUUUUCCCUCCGGAAAGCCGCGGGUCCCGCGCUGUUCCCCGUCUGUUCCGAGUGGGGGUCGGCGGUGCGCCCCGUGGGACGCGGGGCUGAGGCCCGGGCGCCAUGGGUGUGCAGGGCCUGUGGCGGCUGCUGGAGGGCGCGGGCCGGCCGGUCAGCCCCGAGGCGCUGGAGGGCAAGGUGCUGGCCGUGGAUAUUAGCAUCUGGUUGAACCAAGCUCUCAAAGGAGUCCGAGAUCGCCACGGGAACUCAAUAGAAAACGCUCAUCUCCUCACUUUGUUUCAUCGGCUCUGCAAACUCCUGUUUUUUCGAAUUCGUCCUAUUUUUGUAUUUGAUGGGGAUGCACCACUGCUGAAAAAACAGACUUUGGCGAAGAGAAGGCACAGGAAGGACUUGGCAGCUGGAGACUCCAGGAAAACCACAGAGAAGCUCUUGAGAACAUUUUUGAAAAGACAAGCUAUCAAAACUGCCUUCAAAAGCAAAAGAAAUGAAGCACUCCCCAGUCUAACACAAGUGCAAAGAGAAGAUGACAUCUAUGUUCUGCCACCUUUACAAGAGGAAGAUAAACAUAGUUCAGAAGAGGAAGAUGAGAAGCAAUGGCAGGAAAGAAUGGAUCAGAAACAAGCAUUGCAGGAGGAGUUCUUCCAUAAUCCCCAUGCAGUAGACAUUGAAUCUGAGGACUUCAGCAGCCUGCCCCUAGAAGUAAAGCAUGAAAUCUUGACAGAUAUGAAAGAAUUUACGAAGCGGAGAAGAACAUUAUUUGAAGCAAUGCCAGAGGAGUCGGAUGACUUUUCACAGUAUCAACUAAAAGGCUUGCUCAAAAAAAACUACCUAAACCAACAGAUAGAAAAUGUCCAGAGGGAAAUGAAUCAGCAGCACUCAGGACAAAUCCAGAGGCAAUAUGAAGAUGAAGGGGGCUUCUUCAAGGAGGUAGAGUCGAGGAGAGUAGUCUCAGAAGACACCUCUCACUACAUCCUGAUCAAAGGUAUUCAAGCCAAGAAAGGUGUUGAAAUGGAUUCAGAGUCUCUUCCGUCUUCCAGCAGAAUGCACAGCAUGUCUUUUGAGAAGAAGCCACCUCCCUGUGACAUACCAAAGCCAGAGAGAGAGCCUGAUGGGGCCCCUCCCUCUCCAAGAACUUUGCUAGCUCUGCAGGCUGCCAUGCUGGGAAGCAGCUCUGAAGAGGAGCUGGAAAGUGGAGGUGGAGGUGGACGGGUGCAUAGGGAGAGAGCCGCGGGGUCCCUGGCAGAGCAAGGCUCCAUGUCCCCUCGGACUCUCUCUGCUAUUCGGAGAGUUCUUGAUGAGGAUGAUGACGAGGUGCUGGUGUGUGCUGGGGAAGAGGUGCCGACAGGAGGACCAGGGGAGAGAGCACUGCUCAAAAACAGGCCCAGUGAGGACGGUGGGGCUGGACUUGGAGCGAAGGAUGGAGAAGGAGUUUUGCUUACCACUGUCUGCCCGGCAGCCAGCAUGAAUGCCGUGGAGAAGCAGGCAACUGGCAGCAACAAUGAGCAGGAGCAGAGGGACUCAGCGCCCGUGCUGACUACUAUUUCUCAUCAAGAUAAUGAUUCUCAUAUUCCAAAAGGACAAACAUCGCCUCCUCAUGUGGCAAAUGAGGCCUCUCAGAGCAGCCAUGGGUCGGUGGUUGAGGACACAAAAGGCCCAUGCUCUGUGGGAUGCACAGAGAUUCCACACAGUGAUGUACUCAGCACCUCGCCACCACUUCUAACGAGCACAAAUUCUGAAGAAAGGAGAGACCCGCACACCAAAGAGCUUGAGCGACUGAAAGACCUGGACCCAUCUGAGAGUAAAUACAGCCCCUCUUUUCUCUCAAGUGAUGAUGAAAUGGAAGGUGGACAAAAUCCUGCUCCUAAAGCCGAUGGCACUGUCACGUUACAGGAAGCGAGGGACACUGUCAGCCCCCCUUCAGAUGCAAGAGGUGCCUUAGAAAAGGACAGACAACCCAGUGCUGAAGAACAAGGAGGUUCUCUGACCAUCAUUGAGGAGCCGAGCGGCCUGGAGGUAACUUCAGUUCCAGAGUCCUCGGGAGCAGCGGACAUGGGCUCGGAGGACAGCGAGUCUGAUGGAAGUUUCAUUGAAGUACAGAGUGUCAUUAGUGAUGGUGAACUUCAAACUGAAUUGCCUGAAGCUUCUAGCCCUCCUUCUGAAUGGGAAGAGGAAGGGAGAGGAACUGAGGAGAAAGAAGUCACUGUUGGCAGCGAGCAGGACGACUCUGAAAGUGAGAACCAGGACGUCCAGGCUCACAGUGAAGCUGACAACGAUGCAGAUGACGGGUCUAAUGAAUGGCAAGAUAUUAAUUUGGACGAAUUGGAAACCCUGGAAAGCAACCUUUUAACAGAACAGAAUUCACUGAAUGCUCAAAAGCAGCAGCAAGAACGGAUCGCUGCCACUGUAACAGGACAGAUGUUUCUGGAAAGCCAGGAACUUCUGCGUCUGUUCGGAGUCCCCUACAUCCAGGCUCCCAUGGAGGCCGAGGCCCAGUGCGCCAUUCUGGACCUCACAGAUCAGACCGCUGGGACCAUCACCGAUGACAGUGACAUCUGGCUGUUUGGAGCCCGGCAUGUCUACAGGAACUUCUUCAAUAAAAACAAGUUUGUAGAAUACUACCAGUAUGUGGACUUCCACAACCAAUUAGGGUUGGACCGGAACAAGCUAAUAAAUUUGGCCUAUUUGCUUGGCAGUGAUUACACUGAAGGAAUUCCCACUGUGGGCUGUGUGACAGCCAUGGAGAUUCUCAAUGAAUUCCCAGGGCGUGGCCUGGACCCACUCCUAAAGUUCUCAGAAUGGUGGCAUGAGGCUCAAAAAAAUAAGAAGAUAAGACCCAAUCCUCAUGACACCAAAGUGAAAAAAAAGUUACGAAAGUUGCAGCUCACACCUGGCUUUCCUAACCCAGCAGUCGCCGAAGCUUACCUGAGGCCUGUGGUGGACGACUCCAAGGCUGCGUUCCUGUGGGGGAAACCCGACCUUGAGAGAAUCCGAGAGUUUUGUCAGCGGUAUUUUGGCUGGAACAGGACGAAAACAGACGAAUCCCUGUUUCCGGUAUUAAAGCAGCUGAAUGCACAACAGACGCAGCUCCGGAUCGACUCUUUCUUUAGAUUAGCGCAACAGGAAAAACAAGACGCCACCCUGGUCAGAAGCCGGCGGCUCCACCGAGCGGUGACCUGCAUGCUGAGGAAGGAGCGGGAGGAGGCGGCUGGGGAGGCGGAGGCCGCGGCCGCCGCGCUGGAGCUGGAGCCGGAGCUGGAGUGGGAGCCAGAGUGGGAGCCUGGACCCAGCGAGGCCCCGGGGCCGGCCCGCAAGAGAGGCCCAGGCCAGACCCCGGCAGGGCCCGCGCGCCCCAAGAGAGGGAGGCGGCCGGGGGACGGGCCCGGUGGGUUUCUGGGGGAAGCUCCGGGGGCGCCCGUGGCCAGCACCCCGCCGGGCAGAGCGGCCAGGGCGGCCCUGCCGAGGGACCCGGGCCCCAGCGCCCGCGCCCGGAGCGCCAGCAGCUCGGGCAGCUCCAGCGGCGACGAGGAUCCGAGGCCGCAGGCCGGCCUGGUGACUGCCACCCCGGUGUUCGGGAGGAAGGCAGGGAAGCCGCGAACCCGGAGAAGGGGAGGGAAGAGGAGAGCCUAGCCGGCAAGCCAGGCAUUCCUAAUGAACUGAAGACUGAAUAAACGAGUGUGCAGACCACA